GAAGGCCAAUGGGCGGAGGGAGAGAGGGGUCGGGUCCCAUGGGGAGCGAAUGAAGCUCAGCAGCGGGAAGUUCCUUCAGAGAUUCACCUCACCCGGAAGAGUGGCAAGACCGCAGUCGCACCCGGAAGUGUGGUGAUACCGUGGCUAUGCUACGGGAAGUGAUGGUGCCCGGCCAAUUGAAAUACCGGGUUAAAACAGGUCUCAUCCUGUUGAAAACCGAGGGGAAACCAGCACGAGAAGUGUGUACCAGGAGGCUAAGCUCCGUGAAGGCUUUUAAGAAGCUUCUUUUGCUACCCGUCACCCUCAAUUCCCCUCCCGCACAGGGAUGUGCAGAUGGAGGCCGGAGAAGACACUGCUGCCCCAGCCCCCGGGGACGCAGAGGACUUGGAGGACACGCGGUUUCCCAGUGAGGAAGCUGGAGAGAGUGGAGGGGUUCACGAGGACCCAGCAGAUCUCGGAGAUGGGAGCCUGGAGGAAACAGGAUCUGGGACCAAGGACAAGCCACCUAGCCUUCUGUCACCACUGCCCCAGUCAGAGUCCCCUUCAUGUAAUUGUGGGCUCUGGGAUCCUUCAGCCUCUGAGAAUAGUCCCACGGGUGACUCUGAAAGCGGCUCUGGGGGCCAGGGCGGAGACCCCAGUGAUGAGGACUGGCGCGGCAAGCGGAAGCACGUGUUUGUGCUGAGUGAGGCAGGCAAGCCCAUCUACUCGAGGUACGGUAGUGUGGAGGCACUGUCGACCACCAUGGGCGUGAUGACAGCCCUCGUGUCCUUCGUGCAGAGUGCAGGAGACGCCAUCCGCGCCAUCUAUGCUGAGGACCACAAGCUGGUGUUCCUUCAGCAGGGCCCACUGCUGCUGGUGGCUGUGUCACGGACUCCUCAGUCAGCAGCCCAGCUUCGGAGGGAGCUGCUAGCUGUGCAUGCACAGAUUGUGAGCACACUGACCCGUGCAAGCGUGGCCCGCAUCUUCGCCCGCAAGCAGAACUACGACCUCCGCCGCCUGCUGGCUGGCUCGGAGAGCACACUAGACCGGCUUUUGGACAGUGUGGAGCGAGACCCAGGUGCCCUGCUCCUGGGCGCUGUGCGCUGUGUGCCCCUUGCUCGCCCGCUGCGGGAAGCACUAGGUGCGCUGCUCCGACGUUGCACAGCCCCUGGCCUGGCACUGUCUGUGCUGGCGGUGGGUGGUCAACUGGUGACAGCGGCCCAGGAGCGCAGUGUGCUGGCUGAGUGCCGGCUGGACCCAGCCGACCUGCAGUUGCUGCUCAACUGGGUCAGUGCCCCGGCCUUUGCAGCAGGGGAGGCAUGGGCACCUGUGUGCCUGCCCCGCUUCAACCCUGAUGGUUUCUUCUACGCCUAUGUGGCCCGCCUGGAUGCCAUGCCUGUCUGCCUGCUGCUGCUUGGCACCGACCCUGAGGCCUUCCAUGACAUGGCCACCUGCCGGCGCCUGGUGGAAGACGGGAUGCACAGCCUUGGUGCCAUGCGUACACUUGGGGAGGCUGCCAGCUUCUCUAAUGCCCCAUCAGCCAAUGCCCCUUCCUACAGUGUGCAGGCUGUGGGGGCACCUGGCCUCUGGCACUUCCUCUAUAAGCCACUGGACAUCCCUGACCAUCACCGCCAGCUGCCCCAGUUUACCAGCCCGGAGCUAGAGGCCCCAUACAGCAGAGAGGAGGAGCGGCAGCGCCUGUCAGACCUGUACCACCGCCUGCAUGCGCGCCUCCACAGCACCUCCCGGCCUCUGCGCCUCAUCUACCAUGUGGCUGAGAAGGAGACGCUGCUGGCCUGGGUGACCUCCAAAUUUGAGCUCUAUACCUGCCUCAGCCCCCUGGUGACCAAGGCAGGUGCCAUCUUGGUAGUGACCAAACUCCUGCGCUGGGUGAAGAAGGAGGAGGAUCGGCUCUUCAUUCGUUACCCACCCAAGUACUCCACGCCCCCCGCAGCCUCAUCUGCCUCCACAGACCAAGCUUCCCACAAUGGGUUGUUCAGUGGACCUUGAGAGGCAGAACUCCCAGACUGGGCAGUGCUGGGAACAGCUACCAUUGGCUUUUGCCUUCUAUCUCUACCCUGGAGAUGGGCCAGGUGGGAGGGAUGAAGCGGUUCAUGGUGGUGUCUGUGGCUGGUCUCUCUGUGGGCAGUGGGGCAGGAGCUAAGGGCCUGCCCACGAAUGAGAGGUGGUUGGCGGCAUGGCUGCACUCAGGCGAGUAGGCUGCUUCCCCAGCCCCUCAUGUACCUCUACCUGUGGAGAAAUCCUGUGGCCUCUUCCCUUCCCUCUGCCUACUUCCUCCAUUUGGAUGAUAUUCCAGCCUCUGCCAUGGGCUUUCUCCUUCAGUCCUGGGCACCACACCCUCUGCACCUGGAAUUAACUUUGGCAAUGGGCUCUUAGCCCUGAGGGUCCUGGGCUGGCCAAGAUCUUUUGGAGUGGCCUUGGGGGGAUUCUGAAAUUUUCGAACGCAGGGCCAGUUUGUGCCUAGAACUGGCCUAAGGAUAACUUAAAGAAAAAAACUAAAGAAAAAGGUCUGAACCACUCCCUACAAGGACAUUCUUUUGCCCUUCAUAUACUUCAUCUUUACCCUCUCAAAAAUGACCCCCAUCAGUCUUGGCUGCUGCUAAUGUUAAUGAGAAAGGUGGCCUCCACAGGCUACCUGUCUGGUAACCCUUGACAAAGCUACUGACCUCACAGGGUAGGUGAGAUCCAGAGUUUUUACGCAGGAGGUGCACUUAGCUUCUGGGGCUUGUUCUGCACCUUCGUGAAACAGAGAAAACUCACCUCUCACAGGCUGUAAGUCAGGAUUUGUGUUCAACGUAAAGGGACUCGAAGUCUUGUACCACCGUGUGACACACGCACAUUUCUCCUGGACUUUGGCGCAACCUGCACUACUGGAGCUACCUGGAGAGGGGGAGACUGCCCCUCCCCCUUGAGUUUGUGUCUAUUCUCCCAACACUCACUCCCCAGCCCAUUACGAGCCUUGUUCUGCCCUUGUUUCCUUUAAACUGACGUUAAAAGGCGCAUGCUACUCACUGGAUCAGAGGCUCGCUCAAACCCUUCUGCGCACACCUAGGUCAACUGGUAAGUCUACAUGCUGCACGCAUGCGCGCUGUAGGGCCUUGCUUUUUUUUUUUUUACCAAUUGUCCAAGGCGCAUGCGCCAGAUUUCUGCGUUGGGAAAUGGCGGGGAAGUUGGAGCCUUUCAAAGUGGAGCCUCUGGAAGUCUUAGAGGAGACCGUGGAGGGUGAAGGCAACGAGGGUAAGCAGGCACUUCCUGCCCAGGGCAGAAGGGAGGAGUGGCAGUCCCAUUCAAAUAAUGAAAUAUUGAUAGCAGUACUAAAAAAAUUACAGUUUUAAGGCUUUUGUAAAAUAGGGUUCUAUAAUGUGGAGAUAACGCACAUAAUUUCAUCUGAAUUAUUGGACAUACUACUUAGUAUUUUAAAGUACACUACUGAAGUGUGCAUCUCCAAGCAACGAAUGGAGGUGGAGAUUCUCGCAGAAGCCACUCCGCUGCUGCCACACCUAAGAGAAUGAGCGGUGAUGCCCCAGUAUUGCUCGGCCCCCAGCACAUGCCGCACUGUGUGUGGACUCCCUUAACGGCCGCUCCCACGGGCAGCCUUGCUCCAGGGCGCUUCGUGAUGAGACCUGCUUCCUAGUGAGAGGGGAAAGUUGCCCACAGACAGGUGGGAAUUGCAGUUUAGACAAAAGUAAACCUCCCAAGACAGUGAUCUGCUACUAUGCCACGAGCAUUAUUUUAACUAGGAUUUUUUUUUUAAAUGUACCGACAUAGAAAGAAUAGCAUGAUAAAUGCCCGAGCACCCAUCGCUGUUUAGCAGUUGUCAACUUUUUGCUCUCCUUUCAUCUGUAACACCCUUUCCUGCACAGCCUUUAAACCACUGUGUAUUAGUAAACAUAUCGGGUUACCUUCUAUGUACACUUCAACAACAAUGGUGAUAGUUGUUUAUUGUCCUAGGGUGUGAGCUCCGUGGAAACCAUUUACUGCUCUUUCCCCAACACCCCAACAAUGGCUGCUUGGCAUAUAAUAAGUGCUCUGUCAUGAGCUCUCUUUGGUUAGGGCCACACAUUGAACACCAGCUUUCAACAAAGGACAAGCAGAAAUGAGAGAUGGAAAUAGAUCUCAUUUAUUAAGCACUUAUUAUAGCUGCCACUGCUACUGAUAAACUUUUAGUAUCAAGUUUUCAAAUGUGUCAAAAUCAAAGUCAUUGAUUUCAUCAGCAAUGCAGAAAAUUUUAAAUCAAGUUACCAUUUUUUGCCAUUGUUGGCUUUAUAAAGGGAGGGAAGAUGUCUAGUAUCAAGUACUCUGGGGGGGGGGGGGAAGGCCACCUCGUCUCACUGGGAGAGCUAACCAGUAAAGGCUUUGCUAGCAGCAGCUAGACAGAACAAUUUCAGCAUCUAAAAUACUAUUGCAUAUCUUCAGUAAUGAGGAGAAUAUGUGGGUGUGUGGACCAGGAAGAGCCAUUAGAGUGGUGUUGGUGGAAGCAAAAAAAAAAGAGCAAUUGUGGAAAUGGCUAAAUUUAGGUAUUUUCAUGCAUAUUGUGGAAUACCUGUGUGGUGGGCUUUUUACUUUUUUCAGCAGCAGGAAAAAAUAAUUAAAUUCCGAUUUAAUUUGAAAAAGGACAAGAUUAAUAUUUAUUGACACAAUGAACUCCAAGAAGAGGUAUUUUUAUGAGGGGAAAAAACCAAGCAGGUUUGGAUUUUAAAAAAUCAAGCGGAGGCAGCUUCAUCUAUGGCCCUGUGAGGGUUGUAUGGAAAUCUGUCUGAGGGUGGAAGGCCGAACUAAUGACUCUUAGCAAGGAACUUGGAUCUUGGGAGCUGUGCAAAACUAGAGGCAUUUUUGCGAUUUUUUUUUCUUUUAGGAAAAUGUAAUACUAUAUCAUUUUGAAAUACUAGAAGGGAAAUUUGGUAUCUGAGGAUCCUAUAUUAAUAUUGAUAUUGGUACUAAACUCGUCUUCGAUGGUUACACUGUGGUUACCUGGUAGGUUCCCCUUGUACAGAGGAAAUACACACUGGCAUGUUAAGGAAUAAAGGGCCAAGAUCCCUGCAAUCUGUGGUACAGAAACCUGAUACAAGGGCAAAGAGGAGAACCGUGGUCUGUUUCUACAACUUUUAUGUACAUCUGAAAUUGUUUCAAAAUAAAAUGUUUAAAAGGG